AUGAGCAGACGAGUAGGCUUGACUGCCAACGCUCCUGGCUUGCUCAAGACUGUGGGCAAUCGCCCGCGGCAGGUGAACCCUCCCGUCGCCGACGAUGCUCCGCCAAUGUCCACAGAUGAUGAGGAUGAUACGAUUAGCGAGGGGACAGCUCAGGCUGCUAAGGCCAGCGACCGAGCCGCCUCUCCCAAGCGCAUAGUUCCGACUCGGCGGCCGUCACCGUCGGACAGCGACUCUGAAUUAUCCGCGGCUGACAGGUCACGGCGGGCCGCUAUCCAGCCAACUUCAUUCGCGCCAAAGAAACCGCCAGCUGCAGAGAUUGUAAAGAAGCGGAAGAAGGUGUCUCCAGAAUAUCUGGAACGUGAACGUCCGAAGGCCCAGGAUAAGUUGAAGCCAGGAAACCAUCUUAGGAACAAAUGGGGCUUCACAGGCAAUAAAGUGUCCAAAUCUACCUAUGGAAAACAACCAAGAAGCUCACAGAGCAGCCAGCCAGGCUCGUCACAAGGUAGCAACACACUUCGCGUUUUCAGCUCAUUAGAAAGUCCACAAAAGAAGAAGCCUUCAAAGUUUAUUGUGCCAGGAAAGAACAUACUCUCAUCGCCCCUCAGCUCUCCUAGGAAACUCUUUACCGAUCUGAAUGGCAAUGCUGAUAGCGACGAUGAGGACAGCAUUCUUGCGCCGUUAAAAUCGAAAAGAGGCGCCAAAAAGGUCAUCAAGAAGAGCAAAAAGAAUAAAUCGCCGCCCUCUUCACCACCACGCGCAGUGUUCAAACUACCAGAAAACUUCUUGGACAAGUCACCAAGCGAGCGAAUACCCCUGGGGGACGCCGCCGACAUGUCCAAGCUCUCCGACGACGAAGACAGCCAGGACGACGCUGGCAGUCGGCCCCGAUUCAAGGUGCCCGACGACCUUCCCGCGCCGCCCCCCGCCGCCAAGUGCCCCUGGUGCGGCGAGGAAGUCGACCGGGCGCAGCUCGACGAGUUUGGCCAAGGCAAGCGCCUCACCGUGCGCCUGCAGACGCGCUUCUGCCAGCUGCACAAGCAGCGCGCCGCCGCGCAGACAUGGCGCGACCGCGGCUACCCGACCAUUGACUGGGACGCCAUCGAGGCGCGCUUCGCCGCGCACAGCGACCACCUGCGCGCCGUCGUCGACGGCGCUGCCGCCGCGCGCUCGCACUUUCGCACCCUGCACGCCCGCAACAUCGAGGCCGGCCGCGCGCGCGCCAUGAAGCAGGAGGAAAACUUCAACCCGGGCUACUACGGCCCGCGCGGGCUCAGCGCCAUGGGCGACUACCUGGUCAGCGCGUUUGGGGAUGCCUUGAAGAAGCGCGCGGUCGACGACCGCGUCGUUGCCGGGCGCGGAUCCGCAGCGUUUAUCCAGGCCGUGCUGGUUCCGGAGCUCGGCGUGCGCCUCAUAAUGGAGGACUUGAAGCUGUCAGAGGCCGCGGCCAGGCAGGUCUUGGAGGAGAGCAAAGCCCUGGGCGAGCUCGUACAACCAGAAGUGGAGAGAUAG